CUGACAGAAGGUUUCCAUCCCCAGGUGUCCCAGGACCUGCCGUUCCUGCAUCCCAGUGAGACCAGUGUCCUGAACCGACUGUGCAAACUGGGCUCAGAUUACAUCCGCUUCACAGAGUUCAUAGAGCAACACACCGGCCAUGUUCAUCAGCAGGAACAUCACACAAGCCAGCCCAGCCAGACGGGACUCCAUGGGAUCUACUUGCGGGCGUUUUGCACGGGGCUGGACUCCAUGUUGCAGCCGUACAGACAGGCCCUGCUGGACCUGGAGCGGGAGUUCCUCGGAGAUCCACAUCUGACCAUAUCGCAUGUGAAUUACAAGCUUGAUCAGUUUCAGCUGCUGUUCCCCUCCGUCAUGGUGGUGGUGGAAACGAUCAAGUCCCAGAAGAUCCACGGCUGCCAGAUCCUGGAGACGGUGUACAAGCACAGCUGUGGGGGGCUGCCUCCGGUGCGCAUGGCUUUGGAAAAGAUCCUGGCCGUGUGCCACGGCGUCAUGUACAAGCAGCUGGCGGCCUGGAUGCUGCACGGCCUGCUGCUGGACCAGAGCGAGGAGUUCUUCGUGAAGCAGGGCCCCAGCGCAGGGGGGGCCGCCGCCAACCAGGAGGAGGAGGAGGAGGACCUGGGCCUGGGGGGCCUGAGCGGGAAGCAGCUCAGGGAGCUGCAGGACCUGAGGCUGGUGGAGGAGGAGAACAUGCUGGCCCCCUCCCUGCAGCAGUUCUCUCUCCGAGCAGAGAUGCUCCCCUCCUACAUCCCCGUCCGCGUGGCCGAGAAGAUCCUGUUCGUGGGGGAGUCCGUGCAGAUGUUCGAGAACCACAACCACAGCCCGUCCAGAGCCGGCUCCAUCCUGAAGCACCAGGAGGACGCGUUCGCCGCCGAGCUGCACCGGCUCAAACAGCAGCCGCUCUUCAGCCUGGUGGACUUCGAGAACCUCAUAGACCGCAUCAGGAGCACUGUGGCCGAGCACCUGUGGACGCUGAUGGUGGAGGAGGCCGACCUGCUGGAGCAGCUGAAGGUUAGCUCCGCCCCCUGCCUCAGGCCCCGCCCCCUGAUCUUAUGCCCCGCCCACUCA